AUGGGUUGUUGUGCAAGCAAACCAGCGCAGGCCACGGAGGCCAACGGGACUUUGCCGACGCUGCUCGGAGCUGCUCACUGCCAGGCCAGCAAGAAGCCUGGCACUUUUACCUUGGGACGUGCGGAGCUAUCGCAGUACUUUGCAGGCGGUUACCUCCGAGGCGAGUUGUUUGUGGGCGAACAAUACAUCGAGGGUUCCAUUGACGGCCAACUGCGCACGUUCAGAUUUGAUGCUGACGACGGCCCUGUCCAUGUCUGGCAGCAUGCUCUUGACCUGCGAGACCUUCUCCCUGCUGACGACGGAGAAAUCGUAGUGCUGUACCACUAUACGAACGCUGUCGGCUUCCAGAAUGUUGCAAAUCUGGAGCAAACCGCAUCAGAGCUGUUCGCCUCGCUUGAGGAUUGUCGUGCGCACUUCGGCAUGGGCGUGUACACUUCUCAGCACGAACCUUCUGUUUGGAAACUGCGCAGACGCAUCUUGCUGAACAAUUACAGCAAUGGGUCUCCUUUUCAAGAUGCCGAAGACGAAGAAGCUAAGCGGGUUUGCCAUCAGUGGGGGGAACACAACUCUUCUGGCCACCGUGGGGCAUUUUGCAUACCUCUGCUGGUUCCCUCGUCCUUGGCCUACAACAUUUUCGUUCGGCAGACGCCUGACCUCGCAAAGAAGCUGGUGCAAGACAAGAAAACAGGCCGAGAGCGGAAGGUCCGAUUGGGCGAAGAUUACAAAGGCAAGCCUGUACAUCGGGCCCGUGACGUCUGGGUAGUGCGCAUCACAGACGAUGCGGGCAAGGUGCACCAUGCCUCUGCUGAAGCAGACGGCAAGCUCCAGCUACUACAAGCGCGUCUUGCCCACUUGCGUGCGACAAAUGGCGAUGACAACGAGAAGACGAUUGCCUGCAUGGCUGAGCUGGCGUGUUGGCUGCGCUUUCGUGGACAGCGGGGACAGCUUGACGCAGCUGAAGAGCUGUUUCGGGAGUGCCUGCGCAGAUACCGUGCUUUGUUGACUGCAUAUCACCCCAAGACGCUAGCUAGCAUCAGGAAUUUGGCUCAGAUGCUGAAAAUCAAGGGCAACUUCCAGGAGGCAGAACAUCUUUUCCUCGAGGCCGUACGCUCAUGCUUUGCCACACUGGGGGAGAACCACCCCACGACGAUUAAGUCCCUGGAUGAUCUAGCAGACAUGUUGGCAUCGCAGGGCCGUCUGCAAGAGGCAGAGCCCCUUCUCCGCGACGUCGUUGACAGAAGCCGCGCUGUGCUGGGAGAGCAAGCCCUCAACACGCUGAACAGCUGCUCUGGUCUGGCUGGAGUGCUGGUCUCACAGGGGCGAUUGCACGAUGCGGAGACUCUUUACCGCGAGGUCAGGGAUGGACGAUGCAGAGCGCUGGGACAGCACCACCCCUCGACACUGAGUAGCAUCAACGACUUGGCAUCAACGCUGCAUGAACAGGGACGCCUACAAGAGGCGAGCGUGCUCUUUCAGGAGGCCUUAGAAGGAUGCCGUAGCAAGCUAGGGGCGUGCCACCGAAAAUCUGUGGCGACGGCCUCCAACCUGGCGAUGAAUCUGAAGGGACAAGGACGCCUGCAGGAAGCGGAGCUUCUUUUCCGCGAGGCUUGGGAAGGCAGCUGUUCCGCACAAGGGAACCACCAUCCUGACACCCUGAUCAUCCUCAACAACUUGGCUGCUUUACUGCUGAAUCAGAAACGCUUGGAAGAGGCAGAGUCGCUGUACUGCGAGGCCGUAGACGGAUGUCAUGCCGUUCUUGGGGAGCAGCACCAAGAUACAAUGCUGGCACUUCUGGGCCUGGCGGCGGUGCUGGGUUCUAAGGGACGGCUGGAAGAGGCUGAGAAUCUUUCUCGCGAGGCCAUAGUAAAUGGUCUGAGGACUGUCGGAAAGGAUCACCUCGUUCAGCUUCUUGGCAACCUAGCAGUGACGUUGAACUCCGAUGUCCUUCUUCAAAAGGCUUUGGAAACGGGGCGUGCUCUGCUGCCAGAGAAGGACUUGAACAUGCUGAAACUCAAGACCAACUUGGGGCUGAUGUUGGUCCAUCAAAAACGCUUGGAAGAGGCAGAGCCUCUCUUAUGCGAAGCAUUGGAAGGUAGGCGUGCUGUUCUGGGGGAGCAGCAUCCGGACACACUCGCCAGCUUGGACAACUUUGCAGGACUCCUCAAAGAACAAGGAUGCUUGGAAGUGGCCGAGCUCCUUUUCCGCAAGACCCUCGAAGCCAGGCGCGUUGUUCUGGGAGAGCAGCACGCGGACAGGCUGGACAGUGUGGACAACUUGGCGGUGCUGCUCAGGGAUCAGAAGCGACUGAAAGAGGCGGAGCCUUUUUUUCGUGAUGCCCUUGAGCGCAGUCGCACGACUCUGGGGAUGCACCACCCUCGGACACUAGCUCGUGUCGACAACUUGGUGGGGUUGCUGCAAGUCCAAGGAUGCUUACAGGAGGCAGAGUUAGAGCCCCUCCUCCGCGAGGCAAUUGAAUGCAGAGGCACUGCUCUGGGGAAGCAUCACCCUCACACGCUGAACUACGUCAACAGCCUUGCAGGGUUGCUUCAGAGCCAAGGACGCCUUCAAGAGGCAGAGGCCUUUUUUCGUGAGGCACUCGCAGGCAAUCGCGCCGCGUUGGGGGACCAUCAUCCCCACACACUCAUAGCUAUCAGCAACUUGGCUGGGCUGCUGAAGGCCCGAGGACAGCUGCGGGAGGCAGAGGCCCUUCUCAGAGAGGCCCUCGAAGGCUGUCGGGUGCGUUUCGGCGAGUUGCACCCAAAAACAUUAGGCACAACAUACGGCUUGGCUACGCUCCUGGAAGAGAUUGGGCAAUUUGAUGAGGCCGAACGACUCUUCCGUGAAGAGCAGGCAAAAUGCAAUGCGAUGUUCGGCGCCCAACAUCCAAGCACGGUCAACUCGACCAUAAAUUUGGUCAGAUUUCUGAAGGAGCGGGGUAAAGUGCUGGAACUGCUGCAACUUCUCCAAAGCCAGACUGGGCAAUACGACCAAGAACGAGAGGAGGUCAUUCAGAUGAUUCAAGCAGCCAUGUGA